AUGGCUAAUUGGAUUACCUGCAGUGCUGACAGUAUUUCGAGACUCACUAAUCCUCAAAUUCAAUACAUUAUAGAUUAUGUAACUUCAAAGAUCGUUAACAAUGUUAACGAUCAAACUUCUGACUCAGGCUGUGGUAAUACUUCGAAAGGACCCAUGCUCUGCGAGUCAUCUUCAGAGAUAAACCUCAAAGCUAGUGUAUCACUCGCAUUUCAACCAAAGCAAACCUUAACGGAAACUGAGCUAAGUAUAUUGUCUGAAAAGGUUUCGCCAGAAAUACGGGUAAAUGCAUUUACUGAAGAGACAAAGUCACGAGUCUCUGACUCAUCUACAUCUGUUUCUGUCUGUUCGAAAAACUUCCAUGACUCGGAAGGAAAACGAGUUCAUGUUACUAAAAUGGUGCAGGAGCGAUUUCCCCAUUUGUCUUUAGGCACAGUGAUAAAUACGGUGAUAAUUUUGUAUGUUCAGGAAUAUGCCCGGCAUGUAACAAAGAGCAUGAAAACGAGAAUAUAUGGGGAGAUGGCGAAUAUUUCGGUGAAAAAACCUAUCGACUUGCAUGCUGGGAAUCUUAUCAUAGGGGAAUUCCAAUAG